CUUCUACUUUCUUGUUGUCGUUUGUCGUUUGUCGUUUGUUCAAAUUCUCCUCUCAAUGGAGGUCGACUAUAACCAUGGGACGACACGACUACGAGGAGCAGGAUUAGGACGGAGAGGGGGUGGACACAACAAGACUUGGAUGGCAGGAGGAAACUCUACUCACUCAAGUCGUGCUAGCACACCUGACGGCCAGCGAUGGACUCGUGGAGGAGGCACCCGGGGUGGAAGAGGGACGCGUGGAGCUCGAGGGAGCCCGAAAAAGUAUCCUAAUGCAACAUAUCGUGCGGCCCCUGUUGGCGGUGGCGGCGAAGAGCAGCAACACGGUGGGGGAUCAGAGGCGGAGCCAGAGCCAGAGUCAGAGCCAGAGGAGCAGCUCCAUGUAGAGGAAGAGGAUAAAUGGGACUUCAAUGGCUUUGCCGACCCCUACGACACCGACGACAUUCCAGGCCUCGAGUAUAUGACGCUGAAGACCGACGCUGAACGUCAAGCGUAUUGGGAUAUGCUGAAAAUAGAGCGUCAACGAGAGCAAGAACGGAAUAUUCGCGACGGCCUUCUCGAUGCGCCGGGUGUGGCGAAAAAUUUGAAGGACGCCAUUGAUGUCGUUGGGACCUGCCAGCAAAAGUGUCCGCUUGUCCAAAGCGUCAGGCGAGACAGGGAGAAACUUCUCUCAAAAUUUGAAAUGGUUCCGGGAACAAAUCAGGUUGACCUCAGGCGUGCGGUGAAAUACUAUGAACGAGGUUCAGGAGACAAGGCUCUCCCGAACGAAAUUCGUCCAGGACCAGUUCUUGAGAAAACACUCGACUACCUUUACCUCGAACUUAUGCCCAGAGAAGGAUUUUUGGCAACGCACCAUUUCCUCUCAGACCGUUCGCGGGCGGUACGGAACGACUUUGCCCUGCAGCGGAUUGUCAACGCUCGGUCCAUUCUAUGUCACGACCGCUGCGCUCGUUUUCAUAUAUUGUCCCUGCACUUGGGACGGGAUAUCAAGACACUUGAUUUACAGACAGAGGCCUUGCUUUUAUCCAACACGCUUACGAGCUUGAAGGAAGCAUACGAGGACCUCAUAGACAAGUACAGGUCGCCUACGGAACUCGAGUUUCGUGUGUAUCACCGGCUCUUUCUCAUUCGAGAGAAAAGGGCCGACCAAAUGGUUGUCACCCCCGACGUCGCUUCAAAUCGGAUUUUCAUCCUUGCCUCUCAGUUUCGUGAGGAGGUACGGCGAGCCAGCGCGCCCAUAGGAAGAACUUCGAAGCUCGUAGCUGACGAGAAGUGCAUGGGGAUCUUUGCUGAGCUUGCCCAGGCUGUCAGAGAGAAUGGAAACAGGAUAUUCACCUAUCUCAUGGCAUGCCUGUUUGAAUAUCUGUUUGGAAAGGACACUAUUGAGGGCAUGGAAGAACUUAAGGGGGGUUUGACGGAGCAGGAUAUCAUCUAUGGGAAUUACGAAGGAUCAGACAAGCUCGAACAGGCUUCUUCAGCAGAGAUAGUUGAGGAAGCUGAGGAGGAGGAGGAGGAGGAGACGUACGAUGAGAACGAGCUCGAUGACGUGAGCGAAGAGGCGAACGAAGAAGCCCAGGCGACUGCGACAACUUCGUCUCCUUUCCCUCUUCUCCAAUCAUCACCCUUUGGCCCUGCAUCCCCUGCUAUGCAGCCGCCAGGCGUGAAGUCUGCAUUUGCGAACAUCAAAUCCACACCUAGCGCUUUUGGUGCCUUUGGUGGUAAAAGUACUUUCCCGACUUCCGAGUCUACUGCCGCCGUCCCGACAACCGCGUUGCCUGCUCCAUCGUCGUCCUUGCAUACCCCCACGCUCUCGACACCAUCGUCUUUGCCAUCAACAAAUGUUUUUUCUAGUCAGCCACCAUCUCGAUUAUUUCCCCCCUCUGGCUCGCCCAGUCCAUUUGGUCAGCCUGCUCAGCGUGAAGGAGGGCUUGUCAAUGGCUUGGCGCCUCCGGCCUCAUCACCUUUUGGCCAGUUUUCAUCUAGUGUUUCGAUACCGAAUGGAUUUUCAGGUGCAUCAGGAAUUCAGCCUCAAGCGCCUUCAUUUCCCACCUCAUCAUCCGCUCCUUCCGGAUUAGGACAGUCGUCGCCUUUUUCAAACACAUCGAAGACCCUUCAGGCUUCUCCUUCGCAGCCGCUGAAUCCGGCCGCAUCGCCCUUCAUACCCCAAGGUUCACCAACAGUGAAUUCAGCCUUGUCUUCAACGAAUGACAAAAGCGCUACAUCAUUCUCAUCUCCUGCACCGUCGUCUUCAAUUUCAAAGCCGUACACCCCUCCCAUAAAUACGCAGGCCUCCUCAUUUACCUCAACCCCCUUCACACCUCUACCUCUGCCAAAACCCUCCACACCUCCUCCGAUCGUUACGAAUUCAUUUCCGCCAUCGGCCAGUGAGCCUUCGCCUACGGUUCCACCUCCUUUACCCAGGAAACUGCCGAUAUCCCUCCCUUCAACGCCAACGACGGCCUCCUCAUCUGCGAAUCCAUUGCGCGACUUCUUCAAGGGGGCGUUAAAGACAUCGAUACCUUCCGCAUCUGGCGAGCUGAGCCCACUGAUUAUUACAUCUCCUACUACGUCAAGACCUGCGUCGAUUCGCAACUUUCCGUUCGAUGAUACCCCAAGAGUCGAUAUCUUAAAUCCAUUCGAUGCCGUCAGCCCGCUCAAAUCCAAGGGCAAAAGCAAAGCAUCUGCAGAAGAUGUCAAGAAGCAAAUGAAAGAAGAUAUGCGGGAACGGGCCGUUCGGUUUGACGCCCGUAGCUUACUAGUUCGGGAAACAUUCGGUCGUUGGAAAGUGCGUAGCGCUGAACAGGUCGCGUGGCGGAAGGCUUGUCGGUCUAGUGAUGCCUACAGAGAGAAGAUACGCAAUCAAAAGGGUUCGCCAAGAAGCGAGCGAAAAGGGCGUUUGUUACCUGUGAAUAGCAAUGGCACGGAUGGCAGGAAACGCAUUCGUCGACGCGUCAACAGCGAGUAUCGUCGCCCACAGACCGACGAGGAGUUAGCCCGGCGCUUCAAGGAGAACCAUGAAGAACAUCAGCGGCGAUGGGCUCAAGGAUCGUUUCUUCAGCUCAUUCGGGAUCAUGUCAAAUUGCGACUGUCGCCGUCCGAGUGGCAGAUUUGGCUGUCACUGAAUCCGGAUAGUGAUCCUACGGCGAUAUGGUUGGAACGCAAGUUUGAUGCGCCUGCGUCGGGGCGAUGGAUGGGGGACAACGUGUUUUCGAUACCCUUGAAGCCUUCUGGGGCUCCGUUGGCUUUGGCGUCGCCUGGUGUUGUUAUUUUUGAGUGUACGCCUUUGGAGGGCGUCGUGGAUGAUCUGGAACGGAAGUACCGACUGUUGGACGAUUGCUCGCGAUUGAGGGACAUCAUAAAGUCGCUACCGGGGAAUCGACAUUAUGUGCCGUCUCUGUUGGUCAUAUGGUGGGCAGAGGAGGAGAAUGCCCGGCCGGCCUCGGAGUUUGCAGAUAUGGUCCGGAAAUUUUCCACGGAAGGGACCGUUAGGAGUUAUGAGGUCCUGUCGAUUACGAGCACAACCAAGGACCUUGACUCCAAAUUUGCGGAAUCUAUUGGUGCGCUGGACUUUGAUCUUGAAGGUCGCCUUGUGAAGGGAUUGGCGGUAAAAGGUGUUCUGAAGUUGUUUGAGAGCAUCCUGGAACCUUUCACGCAAGAAUGGCUGGGCAAUUGCUCCACUCGCGGUUCUUUCAAUUGGGUCUUAUAUGGGCGGUUUUUGAAGGUUAUUGUGGACCUCGUGCGAUUGAUUAUUCGAGAAUCUGCGAAGCUUCUGCGGAUCGACAUUGAGGACAAGAUGCCUUCUUUUGAACCUCAGAAUUUCGUUGAUAGCGAAACGGCAUUUGACAAUGCAUUGUCAUGGUUGGCUGGUAUCGACAUUGAUAUCGCAAGCGGUCCCAUCACUCUGGACCUCCAGACUCAGCGCGAUUUGGGUAGAGGGUUCCCGUCCCUCACCUUCCUCGAUCAUAUCCGCGCAUUGGCUCAUCGUCUUGUGGAUGCGAAAGCAGCAAAGACCCAGGUGUUCAUAUUCAAAGCCGAGAUUGAAGCUGCGACGGAGCGAUUCCGGAGUGUAGUUGGGGGAUAUCAGGCUCAGCUCACUCAGGCUAUGGCGAUGAGCGUUCGCCGUUCUCCGAAACGCCGGUGUGUCUCGAUAGAGACGAGCGAAAGCGGAAGUAAACGUCGGAGGCUGUCAGUGUCGGGAUCGUUGUCUUCUAUGGGGUGCGAACGGAGUAGUAGCCCUACUACGCCCAGCCCAGCCCCCAUGGUCAACGGGCAUGCAUCGCCGUCCCCUGCCAGCUCCUCAAUAUCGGGAUCGCAAUCGCAAUCCGAGUCGUCUCUGAUCACCGUGGCCAUGCUUCGCUCGCUGAUGCAGAAUAUGAAAGAGAAAUACGGAAUGGGGAAUUAGGUUAUUGAGGAUAUAUUGAUUUGUGAUUUUAUCUGUUUUUUUUUGUUUAUCGUUUUUUUUUUUUGCUGUGCAUUGGUUUUUCGUGUUUAUUACUAAUAGAGUCGGAAGUUGUGUAUUAUAUAUCGAAUUGGAAGGACUGGCUGGCUGGGCUGCUUGGGCGAACGUUUUGUUUUUUUGUCCCUUUCCCCGCUAUUAUAUCAGUGCGGUACUCUGGCCAUUUACAUCUUCGAGGCCUCUUGAUAGGCGCCAUGGACGGGUUAGUGUAAUCGAAUAGGGUGGGACGGGC